AUGGCCAAUAGUCCCACCCUUUGCCAAAAAUUCGUGGCCCAGGCCAUUGACCCUUUUCACCUUAAAUCCCCUGGGCUGUACAUUGUCCACUAUAUGGAUGACAUCCUUUUGGCUGGCCUUGAUGAGACCACCCUGCUCAGGGUUGGCCAGGAAUUGGUGACUGCCCUUCAAGACCUCGGGUUACAGAUUGCUCCCGAGAAGAAAAAUGCAUCUAGUCACCUUAUUCCUCCUGCUCACGCUCCAGAUUUACCUGACUAUUAUGGCCCUUCUCUUAGGACCAAAAGUGAGCCCCUGACGGCCCUUAUGCUGUCUGUCAUAUUAGGAAUCAUCACUGUUGGCACAGGGUGUCUGAGGCACAGCCAUAGCCUUGUGGUGUUGCAUCUGCUCUCCAUUGUGCUUCUGACUGGGCUUCUUGUGGCUGUUCUUCUUCAAGGUUUUAAGGGCCCCAGCUCCUCAGGGAAUGAGAAAAUCUACAAGCAACUGAUGCAACUGGGGACUGGAGUGGACAGCCUUUGCCGUCCUUGCCCCUGGGAAUGGACAUUCUUCCAUAGAAAAUGUUACUACAUCUCCAAGUCCCAGCGUAACUGGAAUGAUUCUGUCACUGCUUGCCAGGAAGUAGAGGCUCAACUAGUCAUUGUUGAGAGUGACGAAGAACAGACAUUCCUGAGUGUGAUUACUAAGGAUAAAGGAUCAGCCUGGAUGGGUCUCUCAGACCUGAAACAAGAAGGCAUGUGGCAGUGGCUAGACGGCUCACCUCUGUCAGACAGUUUCAUGAAAUAUUGGAUCAAAGGAGAGCCCAACAAUAAACAGGAAGAAGACUGUGUGGAAUCCAGUGGCGAUGGCUGGAAUGAUGCCCCAUGUACAAUUAAGAACUACUGGAUCUGCAAGAAGUCUGCUAUGUCCUGCCCUGAAAAAUGA